CUACAUAGUGUACUACAAAAUCACAACGAUUGUAAAUUCACAAUUCCUUUUUCAUCCCACACACUUUAAAUUCCAAGUAAAGAUGAUCUGGAGUGUAGUUGUACCAGCGUUAUUGCUAUUGCCACUGGCUUCCGGCUACAACUACUGCAACAACAAGACCCAUAGUUGCAUCCUCGAGAACAAGGAGCACUUCAUGUGCCGACUGGACAAGUUUCCCGUGUACGGCGAGCAGACCAAGUUUCACACCGCCAUUCCGGACAAUCGAAAACUCCAGCAGAUGAUAUUAAGAACCCUUAAUAAUUUCCGGAACUUGCUGGCAGGCGGGGAUCUGAGGACGAGUGCCAAUAUGCCGUUCCCGCAGGCCAAAAGGAUGCGCAGGCUCAUCUGGGACAAGGAACUGGCCUACAUGGCCCGCACCCAUGCCGCCACGAUGUCCUUCAAGCAAUCGGAGUGCCGGUCCACCCGGAGGUUUCCCCACGUGGGCGAGUGCCUCGCAGUGGUGACCCCGAAGGAGAAGCUCAAUAUAGAGGAGCUAUGUGCGCGGGCGUUCAAUGCGAUGUUCGAGGAACACAGGAACGUCACUGAUCCGGAGGCACUCCUCAAAGGCUUUGACUCCGUCCGGGACUACCACGUGGGUCACUUCACCACCAUCAUCAGCGAUCGAGUUUCACGCGUGGGCUGUGGCAUUGUCGUGGCUUCCAACUGCCCCCAGGUGUCGUCCAGCAAAUUCUGCCACUUCCUGACCUGCCACUUCGACUUCAACAACGUGGAGGGCUCUUACGUCUACAAGGCUGGGGAACCGUGCUCCGCCUGCGACGACUGGAGCUCCUAUGCCAGCGAUAGGUAUGCCUAUCUGUGCAAGAACAAUGGCAUCAUUUAUCCCCCAGAUAGUGGCGACCACAGUGAUUGAAAGGCCUUGUGUGGGGUGUUUAAUAUAUUCGUACAUUUAUAUAUUUUCGUAUGCUCUUGCCUAGGGAUUCCGAAGCACAGGAGACCAACAUUGAAUACCUUUCAGAGCCCAAAAUACAAUCCUUACACUUCCUACGA